UGGAAAAAUCUACGUUAGCACGAGAAUGGCCCAGUUUCAUAGCCACACGUCAGGGUUUUCGAGAAAAUACUACUAGCCGCUAGAUGGCCGAAGUUGUAUAAAAGCCGGUGAACGCGAAGUACGGCGCGUUAUUUGUCAAUACGAAGACGAAGUGAACAGUAAACGAGAGAAAAGUGCCAGAAGAUUUACUUAAACGCUGUGAUUUCGUGAAAAAUACGUAAAAAUGAGAUUCUUUGUAAAUUCAGUGUUGGUAUUAUCGACGUUUUUGGCUGUCGGAGUUUACGGUGAGGAGAAAUGCUCGCAAAAAGGUAACACGAUUUCUGAACAAGACUUCGGGAUGGGAUUGUCUGAUGAUAUACUGUCGACUAUGGUUAGUCCUUGGAUGUUCAACAACUACUUCCGACCUUGGAGAUACUUGGAAUCUCUAACUCGAGACUUAGGAUCGACUGUUAAGAUUGAGAAAGACAAAUUCCAUAUUAAUUUGGAUGUACAGCAUUUCUCACCUGAAGAAAUAACUGUCAAGACCGCGGAUGGUUAUGUUAUUAUUGAAGCUAAACACGAAGAAAAGAAAGACGAACAUGGAUAUAUUUCUAGACAAUUCGUACGGAAAUACGCUUUACCUGAAGGUACAGAAUCCGAGGAUGUUGUAUCUCAAUUGUCAAGUGAUGGGAUCUUAAUCAUUUCAGCACCUCGUAAAGAGAUCGAUGCUAAAGGUGAGAGAGUUGUACCUAUUACAAAAACAGGACCAGUAAGGGCAGAUUCCAGUGAGACAUCAAAGGGAUCAUGCACUGGUGAUGAAAAAUGUGAGUUGUAAACUUUCAGUAAUACCAAUUGGUUUUUGCGUAUGUAAGAUUUUUCUUUUAUGUAGUUUAAACGUUUAUUUUAA